AUGGGAUCACUUUUGGCUGAUCAGGGAGAUCCACCUCAGUUCCUACAAAUUUACUUUCUCGCAGACUACAACGAGCAGGUUGAUGCGCGUCUCGGCAUUCUGCCUAGCGAUAUUUCCAUCGGUCCCCGUAGAGACAUUCUGUUCCGUCUACAAGACAUGCUUCACGAAACUAACAGUUACAUCCGAAGCUUAAAGUUUGCGUUGCAAAACAACUCUUUGCCCUCUUUCAGUGUUGUCAUCGAUGCAGACAGACGGCCUCACGGUGAGCAUGAGCGUCGCUUCAAUGCUCCUGUAUGUAAUGAAAUUGCCGCAGUCAUCCACGGUGAGGAGCAUAACAGCCGUGACAUUGUCAUAAAAUACCGGGGCGGUAGUCUGCGCCGCAUCAGUGAAACCCACCGUUCAUACGACUGUCUCCAGUACCCCCUUCUUUUUCCAUACGGAAGCGAUGGGUACCACUUCAAAAUCUCAAUAUGCCAGGCAAGCAGCGAUUCCAUGUCGACCUCAAAGACAAUCUCCUGUAGGGCUUACUACGCCUACAUUUUUAUGGUUAGGGAGGGUGAAUUUAACCACUUGCACAGGUGCCGUCAACUAUUUCUUCAAUUCGCUGUUGACAUGGCUGCAAAAAUGGAGUCGGAGAGGUUAGGAUUCAUCAAGUUAAACCAAUCCAAACUUAGAACCGACUCCUACAUUCACCUUCGUGAUGGUCUGCGUUCUGAUGGUGACCGACGCAAUCUCGGCAAACCGUGCAUUUUGCCUUCCUCUUACACUGGUGGCCCUCGAUACAUGCAUGAAAGGACACAAGACGCAAUGACCUAUGUCCGUCAUUGUGGGAGGCCUGAUUUGUUCAUCACGUUCACGUGCAAUCCGAAAUGGGUUGAUAUUACACGCGAACUUUUUCCAGGUCAGCAGUACUCACACCGCCCUGAUCUAAUUGCCCGCGUUUUCCGGUUACAGCUGCUAAAGCUUAUGGAUUUGAUCCUUAAAGGGCAAGUCUUCGGACGCGCCAAGUGUCAUAUGUACACAGUGGAAUGGCAGAAACGCGGUUUGCCUCAUGCCCACAUCCUGCUGUGGCUCAACGAUAAGGUUGACGCAAACAAAAUAGACGAUUUUAUUUCUGCUGAAAUUCCGGAUCCUGCGCUGGAGCCUUUGCUCCACGAAAUCAUUAAAAAAAAAAUGAUACACGGCCCCUGUAGUGUGAAUUACGAAAAAAGGUCAUGUUGGUCAAGCGGCCCCACUUGCGCAAAGGGUUACCCCCGUAAGUUUAUCUCAGAAACGCAGACUGCGACGGAUGGUUACCCUCUGUACAGACGUAGAAGCCCCGCUGAGGGCGGCAGAACUGUGACAGUUAAGGGGCACACUCUGGACAAUAGUUGUGUAGUGCCUUAUUGCCCGCUGCUGUUCAAGACUUUUGGAGCCCACAUAAACGUUGAAUACUGCCACUCGGUUAAGUCAAUAAAGUACAUCUGCAAGUACGUUAAUAAAGGCAGCGAUGCUGCCGUAUUCGGUAUCCGGCGCGACAAUUGCGUUGACGAGCGUAACAGCCCAGGAGUUGAAUGCGUUUUCACUGACUUCAUAUUAAACAGAGCGCUGGUGGCCCUAGAAGAUGUUGUUUUCGAACUGGGAGGUGCCUCUUUACCAACUUACGAUUCACCACCACCGCUCAGAGAUGGUUUUGACACUGUACCAACUGAGUUAUUGCGGGAAAAAUCCUACUCCAUCGAGGGGCUGAACGCAUACAUUAACGAAAAUGAGCCCAAACUUCUACCUGAUUAG